UGCUGCGGCUGUGACUUGAAGACAGGCAUUUUGCUUAUCGGUAUUCUUGGAGUGGUGAGUACUUUGUUAACAAAUGAUCGAACUCACUCCGGGCAACCGCAAACUGUUCCAAAAACGCAGGUUGUGUUUACACAUGUUUGGUUCUCAAAUGCCGCCGACAUCUACCUGCGACAUGGCCGCCCCCGCCGUUCUGCCUGUUUCAUUCGCACAUAUGAGAAAAUGAGCCGCGAAAUAAGUUGAACUCGAAAAAAUUUCGCAGGUAUGGCAGAAGCGGUAAAGAUCACGCCACAAGUGUCUCAGACGGGUUUUCUCUGUGCUUUAGAUGCCUGUUUGGUUAAUUUGGAGUUGGGCUAAAAACUAUUUAUCUGUUCGGAUGUCUUAGCGGGAACUUUGUUCGUCACGAAAGUUUAACAGGCUUUUUCGUCUCAUCCGAUAGUGUUAGCUACCCUCGAGGACAUGAAGUAGCCUUGCUUUCAUAGAAAAUUAUGCGGGACGUUUUGUCAUUAUAUCGAAAAUUUUAGGAGACCUUUUUUUAACAAUAAUUGCGAUAUCUUGUUAUUAAAAUGUGAAAACACAAACUUAGAAAGUGGUAUUUAAGCUGUUAGAAAAACUCCGAAUAUUUUAGACGAAUGGAAAGGUUAUCCAGAAAUUUUUAACUUUUCUCAAGCUUAAGAAAUUUGUAGGCAAUACUUGCUCCUUCGAACAGUUAUUUUGCAGAAUAUAGUCGCUGGGUGCCCCUGAAAGACUGCAUUGAUGGCUUCUGUUGCCUCAUCGAACGAACUUUAAUCAGGACUACUUCGUCAGCCGCAUAAUUCUGCAUGUGAUAAUUUAAGGAGUUGUACAUGCAUGAGCGCGGAAAACUGAAGUGAAUUCAGGCGUCAGAGCGGAAUUCAGCACGCAAGAUUCACCGAUAUUUUAAUAUAUUACUAAUUAAACUUUUUAUUGGUGGUUAAAAUCCCUAGGAACAAAUCUAAACUCUAGAGAUCAAAUACUAGCGAAAAAAAAAACGAUUUACUUUCUCUUUGCUGUGUCUUGCUGCUGAAAACAUUGUGCAUCCACGUUUGUAUGCAAAUUUGCUAUAUUUGAGGUCAUGAAUCAUUUAGCUUUAGUUUGAGCGAUACAAAUUAAAACACUACGUGAUAAGGAAUUUUUUAAAGAAUGCCCCAGUUCCUUCAACAUUCAGUCUUGAACUUUAAGGUGAAAUCACUUUUUCCACAUUGAUUUCAUCUCCAAUUGCCAAUAAAAACAAGUUCGAGUCAUUUACUCAUCUGUUACCAAAUCUGCGGGAACACUUAACGACAACGUUAAAAAUGUCUAAUAAAAAUAAGCUAGGAUCCUUCGAUUUCGUGGAAAUUUUUUUUUUCUAAAGCCUUUGGAUUAAAUCUCGUUGUUAUAUUGAUGAUAGUGCACCAGCUGGCCUAUAUUUUAGACUCGGAGUGACACUCCCUUUACGUUGAAUAUUUACCCAGUAGCAUCCACGUAACAAUUCGAAACAACAAGAUCACCAUGAUGGGGUACAUUGGGCUGCUACCCUGGUGGGGAGGGUACUCCCUUAUAUAAGCCAUAUAGGUAUGUGCAGCCCCAUCGGGUAGGGUUUUUGGAAUAAUUUUCUCGUGUGCGCUUUAAUCUAAGUAAUGAUAACAUACUUUCUGCCUAAAGGUCAGGUCUGAAACGGAUAUUGAUUUUAGAGGUCUAGUCUAAAAACGGCAGUGGAAAAUUAAAUUUUUUGGUCUGAAAUCGGGUCAGGAUUUGAAAACCCGUUAGACACAUCCCCACCAAGAAUUUCCAGGAGUACCCCCACCCCCUCCCCCUGCCCCCUCCCUCCGCCGAGGUUGAAUAGAAACAUAAUCACCUGGUUAGAACCUCAGAAGAGCUUUAAAUGUAAAAUCAAACAAACAAAACUAAAGCUUAAUUUGCUUUGCGAGUUUUAUUAAGAAACAGAAUUUAAAACAUUGAAAGUUUUUAAGCGUAGAACGACAGCGAUUUUCGGAAUUUCCGGUAAUUAGUCAGGUUAUACUGUCAAGUAAAAUUUUGAGGGGAGGAGGAUUGGGGGGGAGGGGAGAGGAGUCAUUGCGGAAAUACUCCUGUUAAAAAUAACUUGUCUUUCCUCGUUCCAAAAAAAGAGAGACUUGCUUAUUUACAUUUUCAUUCUUAUUGGUGAAAUUGAUGGUGUCCAUUUUUUUUUUUUUAUAUCUGAAAUGACAAGCUCUAAUCCCUCAAAAGUCAAAUGAUCGCCCCAAUCGCUGGGGGACGGGACACGCAACGCAUUUGCAGGGCGAAUAAAGGUUCCUGGCCUUUGAGUUAACGUCCGCCAUUUUGUCCUUUUACCUCGGCUUGAGUUGUUAUGCCACAGGUAGCCCAUAUCAGAUAGACACCAAAGGGACAUAUCUUUCGCAUAAUCACUUAUUCAAGUUGCGGUCGCGCCUACUUCGUGUUAUGUCAGUGACCUUGUUUUGUUGCAAACUGUAAAGUAGCCUGCGAGCAAGCUCUCUUAUUUGGGCGAGCGAAGCGAGGCACGAGAGAACGCGCGAGCGAGAAGGGAAGCUGCGCCCGCUUUCGCGUCUCCUCUCGCGUGCCUCUCGCGCGUCUCUCGCGCGUCUACUUUUCACGAUAUCCCCCAAACGGAGAACUUGCUCGCAGGCUGUAAGCUUAAAGAAAAAAAUUCGUAUCGAUAGUUCAGUAUUGAAGAAGAAGUUGACUUUUUUGUUUUGCAGCUCGGUUCUGGGUAUGGUAUCUACGCAGGCUUCAACGGGGCGAAAACACUCAUUAAUCUAAAGGAUGAAUACAGGGAGCUCGAUCAGGAGGGAGUGAAGCUUCCAAUUGAUUACAAGUAUUACAAAGGUUUGUCUCUUUGGUUGCAGUCUUGGUCGGACUCAUCGAACAUUUCGGAUGUGAAAGGAGUUAUCGUCAAGUAUCCUGUCUUUUUUUCAGAACUCCUGUUUAAUAAACUAUCACAUGGACUUACAUGGGACCUUAUCACUUUUUUGGAACACAACUGACUAUUUUAUCUCUGAUUCGACUAACCAUCGUUUCAUUUGAAAUCUCGUCAUGCUUUUAAAAAAUAGUUAUAAAUACAGUCUACUCCCAAUAACUCGAACCUUCUAGCGAGAAUAGAAAAAAGUUCGAGUCAGCAGGAAUAAUUCGAGUUAUCGGAAGAUCGAAGCAAAUCGCCGGAAAUAUGGAAAUGGGAUGUGGAAUGAAGGCAUGCUGUAACAUGCACACUUCAAAACUUGAAAAAUCAGGCAGUGCCGGACACUGUACUCUUAACCAUGUUAACCGGACUAACAAAAAUUAAAGUCCGUUUGAUCUCAAAAAGGUUGUUAAACGUCCAUCGUUUGUAAAAAGGCUAGCCUAUCCUCCCCAUGCUGGAGAUUUUAGGUGAGCCGUAUUUUGCUCCCUGCGUAGGGGGCUAUAAAAAGUCCCUUAUGUAUCAGUUCUGCGGUGCACGCCACACACUGAGUGUCCUUUUUGCUACUUUUAUCAUUCAGGAGUCAUCAACUUGCUUUACGUUGCGGCUGCUAUCAACAUCCUUGGGCUACUGGUCAAUCUCAUGUUGCUGUUUUCGUUUUGCACGGUAAGUCGUAUUAAUAAAAGAACGGUUCUUUAAUCUGUGACACUGAAAAGUAGGAGCCUUUAUGGACAUAAUUUUAAAUGACCUUUGUUGCUUUCUCUUCGCUUUUGACGACCGCUUAUAACUGUACAAAUCUUAGUUUCCCUCACUGCCUUCCGCCAAAUAAAGCUCAAUUGACAUAUAAACAUUUCUGUUAACAGGUUCUGAAUUUUUCAAAGAUCCAUCCUUAUUCUCGUCAAUGUAUCACUCGCAGUGAAGCAAUACGCAUUGAAUAACAGUUAGCAUUUUAAUUUUUUUAGUUCAGCACUGUUCGAAGCGGUUUAAGUCUGUUAGUACUGUAAGUGCCUGUUUCUUUAAAGACUGCAAUAAAAAGCAAGGCUGACAGACUGUACAUCUGGGAAUUAGCACACUCAAGUGCGUUUUCGUUUGAAAACGUUGCCUUUUAGUGCCAGCUCGGUCAAAUUAACCUCGCUUCUCAAUCAUUUCUCAAAUCUUCCCGGAUCACUGAUCCAGAUCCUUUGUUUUCAAAGGUUGGCCAUUGCAAUAUGGAUUUCUUAAAAAUUAAGCUUAAUAUAAAUAUUAAUUUGAAUUUUUCUUUUCUCUUUUAAUUUUCUUAGAGGAAUCGUUUUUUGGCGCUGCCAUACAUAAUUUUUUACAGCUUCUCCGUUCUCUACAGUCUGGCCGUUACCAUUUUCCUCAUUUCAAUCUGGCAUGGGGUACGUACGAAUCUUGUUACUUGAUAUGACAGCUUGGUCGAGCGAUUGAAGAUUGAAGUUGGGAGGCCCCGAGUUUCAGUCCCGCCCCGAUCGAUAUAGGGCUUUCCACAAGUUGGUCGGCAACUUUUUCGCAACUUCUUGUAUUUCGAGCAACUUUUUUCGUUUCGAGCAACUUAUUUGCAUUGUCAACAAUUUCUCAAGUUAUUUUCUAAUUCUGACAUAUCGGAGCAGCUUUUUGUGUUUAAAUUGGCCUUUCUUCCAUAUUUCACAAUGUUUUAGUACACAAUUUAUGAACUUCCUGUUAAAAAAGGGGCCAAAUCCUCCCCCCUGGGGAAGAUCAUGGGCGCCAGACAGAAGUAGCCGGGCUAGGUCGGCGGUUUUUGGAGAAAAUUCAAAAUUGUGGACGAAGGUUCUCACUUGACUGACUUGAGUGUCUCGGGUGAAGAAAGUCAUUCAACAAUUUGUAUUCUGUAUUUAUUUUUUCUAAUAUGUUGUAACUCUUAGUUAGUGUACAUCCUUUUCUUUUUCACCAUAAUACGACGCGUCAGUCUAUAGAAAAACAGUUUGUGGAUCUAGCCUCUCGCCGCCUUACUCACACCUUUCCAAGGUCUUAUCCCUCAACUGGUUAUUUAAAGAUGAGAUCAUCGUUUUGGUACUAAACUAACUGUUUUUGCUGUUGCUUUCUGUCUUUUUAUGAUUACAGUUCCAUUAUAGUUUUGCCGUUGACAUUGUUGCCCCCGUGAUAACGGUACGUAUUUCAAACCGUUAACGAAUUUUAACUGAAAAGAUCGAAAAAAAGAAGUUGUAAUUGCUUAGUAGAACUCAACAUAAUCUCACUCAUUCACUCACCCACUCACUUACUUUCAUUAUAGUUAUAUACUUCAUAAUUGAUUUUCAGAUCUACUUCAUCCUUGUGGUGUACUCGUACUUUGAAAGCCUCCGUGAAGAUCCCUCUGGCUCCGUUGCGGGAUUUGAUCAAGGAAGAGCAACAGUUAUGGUAUGUUACUCUUCUAUGCCUCUUUGUCCCGUAUAAACUUUGGUCCUAUCCUGUAAUUUCUUUUCCUUUGGUGCGUCUUUUAUUGCCUCUACUUCCAUGGUUAACCCUCUUCGUUCUCCCAGAACCAUACCUCUCUCAUUAUUCUCUUUUCUCCCUCCAAAUAAGUCUGUCUAUCCUUUUCUUAAACCUUAGUAAAUGACCCCUCAAAUGAAAGAAAUGGGUACUCACAUGGGUCUGAAGUUAUUUUUGAUGAAGUCAUAAAAAUGGGUUUAAUGUUUUUUUUUAUCUGGCAGAUGCAAGUGGGAGGUCCUCCACCUUACGCAAAGUUUUGAGCCGCUGAAGUUGUCGAGUGGCGAAAAAACUAAACUGUUUACAGUCGCCUCUAUUUCCAUUAGAUCACCCAGACCGAGCACUUACUAACUAAUGGACGAACAUCCUGGUGUGCUUCGCUUCUUCAAAUGACUGAGGCGAUACCGUUUAAGAUAAGAUGGCUGUCAGUGAUAGCAAGCGCUCGAUCUCGACGAUUUUAUGGAAGCAUAGGCGACUGUCUUGAAACAGUUUAUGUAAAACGUCCAGUCUUUGUUGUUGUUGUUGUUUUUUUUAUGUAGAUUAGAGCUUUUUAUAUAUUCAGGCAUAGCAUCGAGUAGCGAUAACAUUUAAAUGAGUAAAAGUAAAGCCCAAAGAUACAUUGAGUAGAUACUUUUGAUAUGCUAAAAGAACCAACCACUGCAUGGCACUAGCUUACUGAUAGGUUCCAGCCGGCACCAAUUUAAAACUAAGAUUUAAAAGUUAUUAAGGAUCGAAUAAUUAGAGAAAAUGUCUUCAAUUAGCUUGCACGUUUGUAAGCCGAAGCCUAUUACUUUUAGACUAAAUGUAAUCAUGUAAACGAUGUUUAACGAUAAAUGGUGUCAACAACAGCGGUAACAGCCCGGAAAACAAAAACAAGUCCACGCGAGGAAGCCAGUACUGUCGGUUACGAUUCUCUGUGCUGGAUUUCAUAGGGGCUGUGGUUAAAUACCUAACAACUUGUAAAAGUAAUUCUUAGAUUUUUGCCUGCGUUGACAAGUUAACGUAAUAUUUUCUUAUCAUCAUCGAUAAGCAUACAGUAGUACGAAGUGAGUGUAAAAACUAGAAUUAAAGUCCUGCAAAUUGUUUGCUCUGCCUCCUCGUUGUUUUUGCCCGGUAGAAACCGCGAGUGUAUAAAGUAGCCUAUAAACCGUGGCAAAAACCAUUUCCGCUUAAUGCUACAGGCCCCUUGGUCCCAGAGACUUUUCUUGCGCGGUUCCCGUUUCCGGCGGUGGGGCGCGCUAGCGCUAUGCCGCUCGUGGCUUUGGCCUCCGGCCGGCACUGAUCCGCUGAAGAUUUCCGACGCACGUGAGAAAAACCUCUGUUUUGAGAGAGCGCCUCGUCUGACCUCAAAAUCUGAAUCUGAAAAUGCUUAACUGGUCAGGUAAAUACAUUUUUAACUCGUGGGAACGCGCGAGCGUACCACGAAUAAUUGCAGGGACUAGGAUAUGCAAAUUAGUCGCUCGCUUACUCGCAGUAGACGGACAUCGGGUAGAGGCUAGUCCGAAUUCGAGAGUGCGAAGAUCUAUCGUUUCCGAAGAAGCACGCGCUCGCCGAAGUUCGGUGUGAUCAAAUUCUUAUGAGAACGUGCAUCGUUCGUGCUCAGACUCAGAGUUUUCUUUGUGGCAAAUUUUCUACAGCACGGUUAGAGGUCUUACCAAACUUAAGACACGCAGGAGUCUUUCAGAUGAGUAAGAUGGUUAACUUCGGGAUUGGAUUGACGAGAAGAUGAGCAUUUGCUCUUCGACUCUGCAAGAUUACGGGGGAUAUACAAAUUCCAGAUAAGGUAACACAUACGUUUUCCGUCGUACUUCGCAGACGUGGUGCAUCGGUUUUGUGAAGCAUAAAAUAUAUGUUCUUUCGUUCAUUCACCCGGCAUUGCCCCUGAAAUUCGUUUACACUGUUUUUUUUUUUAGCUGUCAAUAGCUCCGUUUAUGCGGCUCGAUCAUCUUCAAACGGCGCUUGCCGACGGAUUUUCCAUGGAAAAUGCAUUAAGUCAAAAACUUUCGCCUGGUUAGGUAAAGUCGCAACUAACCGAUGGUGCCGGGUUUGAGUCCUUCUCCGCACCUUUCUUUCUUCCAUCUUUCUUUCUCUUUUUUUUUCCCGUUUUUGUUUUGUUUUGUUUUUGCUUAUUUGUUUUGUUGUUUUUCUAUAAAUACAUACCGUAAAAUUCCGAAAAUAAGCCCCGAGGCUUAUAUUUUUCAAAGACCCUUUUUGAGGGGCUUAUAUUUGGAGGGGCAAUUUAACGGAGGGUUUUUUGCGCUUAUGUUUGGAGGGGCUUAUACAUGUGGAGGGGCUUAUUUACGGAAUUUUACGGUACCUAAAUUCAUAACUGUUAUUUAAUAAAGUGCAAUAAACAGCAAGAAAAGUAUUGUGUUUCCAGAGAAAAGAUAAUAUAUUUAAUAUAUGGAUAAAUUAAACAAUCUAAAUUUCUAUCACUUCCUACAAUUUACUGUGGGAAGACCAGAGUUGAUAACCAUUUGGUUAUUUUCUAAACAACGUUCCCACAAGUUGACAAUAGUCAACUUUGAUUAAAAAUUGUUAUAAUUGGCUUUGGAUGUUUAUAACUUCGGACAAAGAGGAAGAGAGUGUCCGCAAUCCUAUUUACCACAGUGACUAUACUUUUGAUAAUAAUCAUAAUCAUAACCAAAAUGAUAGCGAAAGUUGGCCACGUUAUCAGGCUUUCACGCUCUAUUAGCCGAAUGAAUUAUUAUUUUGGCGCGAUUUGUUAAUUUAUGUGCCCUUGUGAAAUCAUUCAUGGAUCGGUUGGUUAUGAAUUGACGCAGAAUUACAUGGUCAUCAAGAUAAUGGAUUGACAAUUGGAGCUAUAAUCAAUAUUUGUACGGUACAGGAAGAGAAUUAAAUUGGUUUUAUUAACUUCACUCAGUUCACUGGCCCAGGCUUUUGGGAAGGGACCCUUAAAAGAGCAAUUUUUCCUUAUUUAUAAGUAAAUUUACCAAUUGUUUAUAAAAUAACGAGAAAAUGAAUAAACAAAUUUGUUCUCGGAAAUAUUAAAUUUUCAAACGGUGCCGUUAUCAAUUAGGCAUGUAAUCAUGGAUAUUAAAACCGCAAGCAUGCUAUUAAUACUUCAAUACUGGUCAUCUUUAUAUAAAGGAUCUAAAUACAUAUCUUAUCUUAUCGCAUAUAAUGUAAGAUAUGUAUUCCGAUUGGCAACUAAAAAUGACAAGAAAGAAUUGAAAAACCUAAUAAAUAUUUUGCUGAGCUAUGAUUGGCCAAUAUCAGCUGGCGGCCGCUAAUUAACUUGUCGACACAGUUUCACAUUUCCUUGUCUCAAGGAAAGAAGAAAAGCAAAAUUGAGGAGCCUGCCGGAGAGCGCCAUCUUAAAACACGGGUUUGACAAAACCAUGGCAAUUCUUGUGCGAACAUGUUGUUGUGGCUGUGACUUGAGGACAGGCAUUUUGCUUAUCGGCUUUUUGGGAGUGGUAAGUAAACACCAAUUUAACUUUCAUUAUUACUCCAACAGCGGCGGGCAACAAUGUUAGUUUAGCUUAACUUUAAGUGCGAGUUUUGCCGACGCACUUGUUUGAUUCAGUCGGGAUCACUCAAGAAUUUCAAUUUAAAUAAGUGCUACGUACUCCACUGAAUAAUCUCAUACUUCUACCAUCUUUGUGCAUGUUAUAGUCUGAGGCAGUUUCACUUAACCGGGAGAUACAGACACGCGGAAAAAGGCCAGCAACUAAGGUUCAACCUCACUGAGGUUGAUAGGACUUAAAGAUGAAUAUAAGGACUGUGGUGAUCCCUUCGCCAAAAUAAGAUUAACCGGCCAGAGCAACCGGUUUUUAUAAUUAAAACAGGGGUUUGACAAAACCAUGGCAAUUCUUGUCCGAACAUGUUGUUGCUGCUGUGAGUUGACCAAUCUUCUUUGACGGAACUGCUUUUCAGUUGUCACAACUCAUCGAAAAUAUAACUUUCUUAACGCGAGAGGCGCCUGAUAAACAGAUUUCAAGGUACUAUGUAUGCUUUUAAAAAAGUUUGUGCUCUCUGCACCAGUAUAAGUUUAAUUGUCUUUCGAAUUUAGACAUCUUUUGCUUAAUUUUAUACCGGUUUUACUCUUUUUAUUGAGGAAUCUAUUUCUUCACAUUCUGAUCACAUAGCGCUUACAACCAAUCGGAUACAAGCCCCAUUAAAAAAUAGUUUUGUAGUAGUUUCGUCAGUCAUUAUUUCUUUUGUGCAUGAUUUGCUCUUUUGAGUGGAAAUUUUAAAUUUCAUGGUGACUUAUUGUGAGCCAUCCACCUGCCUUUCCCUUUUAACCAAAAAAAAUUAAAUAAAAUUGAUUCAGCAAAAGGGCAGCAAGAAAUCGGCAGAAAUGUAUAAAAUAAUACUCUAUAAAGCUAAUACUCUGAUUCUCUGGGUAAGACACAAAUUAUUCUUUUAUCAGUCAAUGGGUGAAAGUGUCGCAAGUACUCCAAACAAUUGUAUUGUCUCGUUCUUUCCAGCUUACUACAUUGAAGUUUGCAUUAAUUACAAAUCGCCCUGAAUUUUCCAAUCCGCAAUGAGCAUGAAAGUUUUCAGGCAACCACUCUAUGAUUUUAAGAACGAAACUGAUUAUCAAUUCUUACUUAGUCUACCAAACAACAACUUAUAAUGGUCAAUGUUUAAAGAGAAAACCUUUUUAACCUUAGAUCCGUGCAUUUAGUCGGCAUUCAACCAAAUUAAAUCUCGUCUUUGUCUCUCACAGUCUACCAAAAGCACGAACAAAAUUGGCCGUCCAUAACUACGGCGGCACGGACCUCAAUUUCUUAGAACUCAGGAAAACGUUAAAAUUAUUCUAUUACAGAUCGGCUGUGGUUAUUGGGCCUACCAAGGAUUAAAGGGCGUCAGAACACUUAUUAAUCUCAAGGAGAAGGCCAAGGAACUUGACAACGAAGAAGAGAUGCCAUUUGAUUACAAAUAUUACAAAGGUUUGUCAAGCUUUUAAAUUUCGUCUUUCGUUCCAGCCUUACAUCAUGAGAAAUAGAAAAGAAGUUUAUUUCUUUUAAAGUGUCAUUUUUUCCAUUUUUUCCAUUUUUUUUCAGUUUCUCUUCACCGCAUAAAUUAAGAAGAUGCAGUUUUAAAAUACUCAUCUGUUCAUUUUGUGGUUGUUGUUAGGGUACUGAGUUAUUGUAACAGUCUACGACCUUCUUCAAUUACCCUGAUCUUACAGAAGGGGUGGAGGUUGACGGAUCCUGCAGGAAACGCGAAGGAGUACCCACAAUUUAAUUCUAAAUCUUCAAAUCCUAAACAAUUUAUGUUACUUGUUAAAUAUAUACCCGAUUUUUAAUGCCCUUUUCAGACUAAUCAAUUUUUAAAAUUGCUGUCUUUAGCAAGAACGAUUUUAACUUUUUGAACUCCAGUUAUCAAAGACGUUUGAGAGGUAUUCAAGAGGGGGACUUGCUAUGAGUCACUGCUAUUAGAGGACAGCCCACAUGUCACACAGCAGGGGCGGAUCCAGGAUAUUUUUUAGGAGUGGGUGCACUCGUCUCUUGCUCUACUUCAGCACCAAUAAACCACAUAGUUUUUUUUUUUGGAGAAUACCAGUUGUAUUAGAAAACCGCAGGUCAUCUCAGGGGGGGUGUGCACCCCCUGCACCCUUCCCCUAGAUCCGCCCCUUCACAGUCAAGCUACAUGUGUAGCCUGCGUAGCUGGCGAGAUUAAAGGGGACUUGCUGGUACUUGUUUUUUGGCGGCGGAGCCGUGAGAAUAUUGGAGCCGGUCAUAAAACCCAGAGAGCAAUCCCGCCAGCUACACAAGCUAAGGCUGCACAAGCUGUUAUUUAAUUUCUUUAUAUCUUCUUUAUCAUUAUCGUUCAGUUGUCAUCAGUUUGUUAUACGUAAAGGCUGUUGUUAGUAUCUUGGGACUACUGGCCAAUAUCAUGUUGUUGUUUUCCUUUAGCAUGGUGAGUUUUAUAUCUCUGUAUCAUUACUCAAAUUAAUAGUUAUAUUUAUACUACUACACUAAAAAUUUCUGCAAUUUGCUUGGCUUAGAGCAGUGGUAUUUCAGCCUAAUUUGAAAUACCUAAUACCUACAUGUGAAAAUUACAAACCUUUUGCGGGUCAUAAACCAAUAAUAACAUGCUCUGUACGUGAUAAUUGGCAUAUUAAAUACCACUCGUGAUAUUUCAAAAUUGUCUCAAAUUUCACUUGUCUAACGGCUCGUGAAAUUACGUAUAACAAUUUCGAAAUAUCACUCGUGGUAUUUAUGCCAAAUAUCACUACAAAUCAUGCUAUUACCUAUACUAAAACUGCAGUAUUUCAGUUUAAUUGUGUGAAAAACCGUUUUUUUUCCUAUUAUGCAUAAAAGAUGCUUUAAUUUCUUUUCUCCUUUUUUUUUCUUUUUAAUGAAAUCGUUAGAAUGAAGCGGAAGGGAAAAGUUAAUCUCAGGGCUUCUUGGUGAUUUUCUGAUUCAUCUAAUUUGAUGCAUAAGGGUUGUUGCGUAGAUCUACCAAGAUCCCAUACCUUUGUUUGUCUUAUUUUAGUUAGUAAGUAUUGACCCGGUUCAAAACAAUUCAAAUCUUUUCAAUUUUUUUUUUUCAUUAUUUUUUUUUUAUAUAGAAAAAUCGUUUUUUGACGCUGCCAUACAUAAUCCUUUACACCUUCUCCGUUUUCUACGAACUGGCCGUUAGUAUUUUCCUGAUUACAAUUUGGCACAAGGUGCGUAUGUAACUUUGUGCUAUUCAUAGUUUUGCAAAUUAUGAAGAACGGGUCUUAUUUGCUUUAGGGGAUAGAAGGGUACGGAGGGUCAGUAUCCCUUUUUUUCUGCAUUUAUAAAAAUAUUAGACUCGUUGGGCCGAGAAAAAUGUUUCACGAGACUUUCCCCUCCCGCCCACCCCUCCCUCCAUCAUGUUAAAUGAAGGUCUUGGCGUGUGCCCACUGUCCGCCCCCAUUUCUUAGCUAUGCUCGGACGGCUUGAUCCACCCCUAAAAAAGAGAUGGCUAACGUCAGUUGCUCUUAUUUUGAGCUCAUCGUUGGAGUCACUAACUUUAGUUUUUUCGAUUGCAGUUUCAGUAUACUUUUGCCAUUGAGAUUUGUUCUCUAGCGCUAACGGUAUGUACUAAAUGAUUACGUCCUAAAUGAGUUUUUACUUCUAAGGUCGUCAACUAGGACACCACUGGUACCGUUCCUUUGGCCAAUUUGUGUACGUAAUUUUUUUCUUUUCACUCUUAUCAUAGUGGCAGGAGGGCCUGCCUACCAAAGGGAAAGGAGCUUAUUAAUAUCAAUUAAAUAAAGGUGGGAUGGUAAAAAAUACGCGUCUGUCUAUGGUUCGUCCGGGGGGUGGUUCUCUGCCUAGUUAUAUUCUGCCCUAUUUGUGACUCUGGUAUAAUUGAAGACGAAUUUCAUUUUCUCUUCCAUUGUCCAAAAUACUCAAUCCCAAGGGAGAAAUUCUACAAUCAAAUCCAACAAAAUUUUGUGGACUUUAAUCAGCUAUCGUACACAGAAUUAAUAAUAAAACUGAUGAAUUCACAGAAUUUUUCCGUAAAUUCACAUUUGUCGAAAUUUCUCAUUAUGUAAUGAUUUACGUAAUAAUUUGUUAUCAAAUCUUGCUGAUGACACUUGAUUGACUAUAGUAAUUAUUGCAUUGCAUUAUCAUUGUUAUGAUUUGUUUGUUUGUUUUUUAUGUUAAAGCUUUUGCAAUACUGUAACUACAUAAUUAUAGUCAUGCAAAUAACGCUUAUGUUGUUGUUGUUGUUGGAUUGACUACAAUGGGGUUACAUUUUCCGUAGAAUUACUAGGAGGGGUCCGGGAUAGGGCAGCUUUGGCGGGAAGCUUUUUCACACCAUUAAUUGUGCUUAUUUACAUCACGUGUUAUCAACUCUCUCUCCAGGAGCCCAAGGCUGAGCCCAGCCUUGUCCCCAGGGCGCUUUUCCCUGGCUUUGGGGGUGGGACGGAAAAAGCGCCCUGGGGACGAGGUUGGGCUGGAUCUAUCUGCCCUUGUUUUGUGUAGCUAGCUCUUAAUUGUUUUUGAUGCCUUUUUAAGAUCUACUUCAUCCUUGUGGUGUACUCGUACUAUGAGAGCCUCCGUGAAGAUCCUUCAGGAUCUAUAGCGGGAUUUGAUCAAGAAAACGGAACUGCUAUGGUAUGA